GCCCGUGGCGAAAGGGCUGCAGGUGGAGGGCGGGCGAUGGCGGUGCCCAGGGCCAGGGGCGAGCGAGGCGCGGGCGGCGGCGGCGGCGGCGGCUGUGGAGCCCACGGACCCGGGCGGCUGAGCCUGCUGUAAUGUAGACAGAUGGCCCGGUCCCUGCCCUGUCUCCCGUCUGCAGUGGGAGUGAGGAGAUGCCCCCGUUCACAAUGAGAAGGGACACCCAGACCCUGUCUCUACUGGCUCAAUCAGUAAGCUGAUCCACAAGUGUUUUAUUAGGCACCUGCUGUGUGCCAGGGACUUCAGAUACAAGAACGAAGAAUGAAAUACUCCCAUCUCUUAAGGAACUUACAGUCUAAUGGAAGAGACAACAAGGAGCUGAGUUCAUUUUCAUGAAUGGUCGCUGCUUUGUUUUGGAAUGUCUUAACACAGAUGGCUCUGUGAGGAUGACCAUGGCCACGAGGGUAGAGGUCAGCCCACUAGCAUCUCUAGCACCUGUUCCCAACUUAAAUGAGAUCGCUGAGGAAGACAAACUGCAGACGACCUGUUAUCACCUUGUCGGCAAAGCCCCGGCCUCUCCUCCGGCGAUGGUGUUGGCAGGGCCGCGGAAUCUUGGGACUCCGUCGAGAGCACUCCCUGUGCCCCGGCUUUCCCCCAAACCGUUUUCUAAGGAGAACCCUUUGGAUAUGUUUGCAAAUGUGAAAUCUCCCAUCACAUCUGUCAAGCCCGGCAUUUCAAUAACCAGGCCGCUCACAUCUAACAAGCUUGAGGACUCAUCCACCACUAAGGCCUCGGAUGAAAACAUGCCUUCCUUGGUUGAACCAAAAAUGGAUGAGGGGGGAGGCAUGAGCUCAAAUGUAAUAAAGCCCUGUAAUAAAGCCCUGCCCCAGACGACGCACAGCCAAAACACCAUCAUUCUGUUUGAAACGGCUGGCCCUCCCAAGGCCAAGGCAGACCCCACCUCUGGAAAGUGGACAGGUGAGGAGCAAAGCACAGACAGUGUGACCCAGCUUCAAGGACAGCUACCCAGCUCCAAGACUGAGACUUUGGUCAAACCUGCAUUACCACCUCGGAAACCUGUGGGGGCCCAACAGAGGCAGGUGUCUUUGUGUUCUGACGAAAGGCUGGCUCUGUUGAAAUCUUGGGAGAAGGGGGAGGAAGAGGAGCCCCUGGCAUCCCCUGGCAUCAAGAAUGAAGGGGAUCACCCAUCCUUAGAGGCCCGGCCGAGGGGCAAGCGGAGGCCUGUCUCAGCCAUCUUCAUCGAGUCUCUCCAACAUCCAAAGCCCAGCCCUCUAGAAACCCCUGCAGGGAAGGUGCCCCCUCCUCCUCCGGAGAAGUCGUGGGUCCGGAAGCCUCGGCCCUUGUCUGUGGAUCUCACGGCCAGGUUUGAAAAUAAGGACGUCCUGUCCAAGAAGGCGGGCAGUCCCGUGGAGGCGAGCAAGGAGAAAGGGCUGGGUAUGGGUUCCAGUGACAGAGGGAAUGGAGAAGAAAGGUCAGAGCCAUUGGACAGGGCCACGCCCUUGAAGCCUACCUUGAGAUUAAAGGAGCAGGCUUUGGAUGUCCCAGAUUUGAAAAACAAAGUUAAGGAACAGAAUCAGAAAAUUGUCUUUAAGUCGAUGGAGGCCUGUUCCCCUGAAACAUCUACGGACCUACCUGAGGCCUCGGUCAGAAAAGGGUGGAACUCCCUGGAAGAAAAGCCCAAACAGGAGAGGGACCCAGAUCACAAGGAGGCUGAAGGACCAGUUUCUUUGCUUAGAGCAGAAAAAAGUCCAGGACUUGCAGAGGGAAAAAACCGAGCAGCUGAAGGGAAUGGGAGGGUGACCGAAAGGGCCAGCCCUGGAGGGGGAGAGUGGGUCUCCAGGGGGAGCGUCAAGAAGCGUGUCAGUCUGUUUGGCUCAGAAAGCUUCUCAUCUCAGUCGAGCACUGAGGCUCCCGCUGCAGCUCCUGAGAAGGAGAAAGGCAGUGUGAAAGUCCAGGACCGAAUCAAAGAGUGGAUGGUGGAGAGCCCCGAGGCACCCCAGGAGAGCAGAAGGAAGUCCUUCCAGUCGAGGCCGCUGUCUGCCGACUUGACCAAAAUGUUCACAAGGCCAGCUUUGGAGAGUGAAUCAAGACCCGAUAAGGGCCCGGCACCGAGCGGUGAGCUUCCUCAAGAAAGUGUUCUCCAGGAAAAGAAAAGAGAAGGGCACGUUUUUCUCAGAACUGAUUUGAAUGGAGCAUCUGCUGGGAGAAACCAGUGGAAACCUGUGAAGCCGUGUGAGAAAACCAGACAAUUUGAACGGAAAUUGAGCUCCGGCAAUGAGACAGACAGCUCUCUCUUCCCAAAAGAGGAUUCCACCGUGGCGCCCCGUCAGCUUGAAGCCCAGUCCCCACCCACCAUGGCUGAAGACGAUGGGGACUUUCAGACUGUCUGGGCAACUGUGUUUCAAUCCAACGUGAUGAGAUACCCCAUGGCUGACUGUCCCUUCCUGACAUCCGCCAGUGACUCAGCCAGAAAAUUCUGCGAGUCACCUGGCCUAGGAGCAGAGAAAACAUCUUGGAUAGGGAAGGUGAAUGUCAGAACUGAGAAUUCAAAAUGGGCUGAGAAAUUCAGUGCAGAGAAACACUGGAGUAGUGUCCUGCUGGAUGAAGAGAAAAGCCCAAUUAAUGCCGCCCUCUUGGAAAAACGUCCUGGGGGUGAGAGAUGGAAUGUCUCCUCUGCAAAGCCAACGGGAAAUAGUCUCUCUCAUCAAGGAAUUGAGCCAAGAUAUGACAUUGUACAUAUGACUGGCGAAAGGAUCCUUAGUGAGGCUGUGGUGACUGCCCCCGAGGAGCUGGCGAUGAUGCUUAGAACUAACAAGCAGUGGUCUUCUCAGAAGCAGGGCUCUCGGAGUGAAGGUCUGAACAUGAAGCAGCAGGCUAGGCCAGACAUGAAAACGGGGCCCUCCCAAGUCUCUAGUCUGGUUGCAGAAGCCCGAGAAAGGCUGGAAACAGCUACCCCUAAGCCUGAAUUUCACGAACCCAAGGGUGUGUUGGGUGGGAGCUCGCUGCCGCCCAAGAAAAUAGUGGAGAAGCCCUAUUUGGUAAACCAGGACAAGGCUCUUGGGAUCUCAGGCGAUGAAAAGCCUUCUAGGUUGUCCUCCCGGCAGAUUGCCAGGGAAAAGGAAAGUCCGAGCCAUGUUUUUGAGACCGUCGUGGUCAGAGCAGCCCGUGUAGAUCCCUAUAAUGUACAUCCAGGGGUGAGUUCAGUGGAAAUGAACAGGCUUGGCUCUCAAAGUCCAGUGGAAGGAAGGAGCCAGUUUCAUGAUUAUUUAGAUAACUCACAUCCCAGGGCCAUGGCUAAAGAAGAAUCCUUUGACUUGAGAUCAAGAAAACACUUAGGUUCAAGGUCCAUGAGAAAAGAACCUCUGGUAAUGGGUGAAGAAAGGGAAUGGAACCAGUCCCCGACUCUGGAGCCAGAAGCCAAAGUCAGGAAGUCGGGUGGCAUGGGAGUUGUAGAAAGAUGGCGCCGGAGGACACUGCCUCAUGAUGUGAAAUUUGACGAAUUCAUCUCAUUUGCCCCAGAGCCAGCCAAAAGGCUUGGGAGACGAGACUCUGUAUCCUCUAGUGACACCCACUUCAAAAAGAGUUGGCAGACCCCAGACAGGCCAGAUUCAAAGGAGUCAAGUCGGAGUAUUCCGCAGGAUGCCAAGGAGACAGUCCCCAAGCCACAGCCACCUCGGGAGCCCAGGGAGACCUAUUUUGCUGUGACAUAUCAGAUCUCUGCAGAUAAAAGAGAAUAUAAUGUGGACAAUUCUGUUUAUGAAAACAGGAAGGUCUCUUCACCAAACAAAGAUGAGCCAGUCAGUGUCCAUAAUUCUAGAAAACUCAGCUUUUUGUCUGAAUCAUCCCCAAACUCUAGGUUAGCUCCUUCAUACCCCAGAGACCCAUCAGAAAACUUUGAUCAGAAAAAUUGGCAGGCCAAAGAGAGGGAAGAGGAAAACCUCAGUUUUUGUAAGAGCCCAAGGCCCAGUGACCAGCCAGUGCUGCCUGGGGAGAGAAGGACGAGGCAUACUGAUGGCAGAGUGAUAGAUGUAGAUGCUUCGUUGGUUAACCAAAGGUUGGGAAAUGUCAGCAUCCCCAGUGAUCCCAAAGAGGAUGGAGGCAAGAGGUCUUCCAGAGCUUCUGAACGUUUUAGAUAUUCAUCAAAGAACAGUGACCUCCCAACAAGAAGGAAGCAGGGGGAUGCCCAUGAAUCACUCAGGGCCAAAGCUGAGGAUGGUUACAGGUCGAGUAUCCUGGACAUAGAUGCCCUCAUGGCUGAAUACAAAGAAGAAUCCAUAAAAGUCAGUGAGCCUAGGGACCAGAAGGACGAGAGAGUACCUGCUAGCCAUGGCGGGUUUCAGGGGGAGAGGCCAGGCACCAGGAGCUCUGCAGAUCACCUUUCCCAGAGGUAUGACUGGAGGGGUCAGAAGGCGCCCCAGGAUCAUAUGGGUUUCAGGAAGUCGGUGAAUCUCCCUGGGCCACAAGGCCACACUGAGGAAUCCAGCUCCAUGAUGUACUCUGGACCUGAAAUAAGCAAGGAGAAGACUGAGUCCCCCACUCAUGAACCGAGUAGACGGAAAGCUCUCAGCACCAAAUUCACCCCUCUUCUCUGGGGCACGCCCCAGUCUGAGCUUUCUGAACAAUACUCGGAUUCACCUUCUGAUGCCGGGAAGAAAAUACCAGCUGAGGAUGAGAAAAAAGAUGUGGCGUCUGCUAACUGGCCGCAAAACACUAAAUGCUGGAGUUACAGAGCUGAGGCAAACACUCCUUUACUUGAUAUUAAAAACAUGGAGGUAAACUUGCCUCCCAAGACUUCCCCUGUUGCUCAAGAUGCCACCUUAUUUGAGGAUGAAGUUUGGGCUCCCCGAAACUCUGUGGAGAAAAGGGAGAAAGUGAGCUCUUUCCAUGGGAGAACUAAAGUCAGGAGGGGAGACUAUGAUUCGGACUUUGGAAAUAUCAAGCGUACUUAUUCAGAAAAGACAGCCCCUGCUGCAGUCCGAGAGAAUCUGUCCCUCAUGCAGGAGGCCCGAGAAAGAAGAAGAGAAUCAUUAAAAGGCCAGAAGAGUUUUGAGAGCAUGAUGGUCUACAGGGAAUUCCCACCCUGGGAAACGAAAGCCAGUGAGGAUAAUAAGGUGCCGCAUGACACCGAAAAAGAGAGGGUCAGAGCCGAUAACAAUAAAUCCCCCCUGCGAGGUUUUACUCCUAUGCCUGUCCCCAGGAGAAGUCAUAGUUUCUGCAAAGACAGGAAGAUUGAGCCUUUCAUGGAUCAGCUCAAACAGUGUUUCUCGAGGCAGCCCCCGGAGGCCAAGGACACGGACACCCUGGUGCAGGAGAGUGAUAGCCAGUAUGGGACCUGGAACGAUCCUCGGCAGAGUGGGGAGAGCUUUGCUCCUGAGACUCCUUCUCCCGACAACAAUGUCACCUCAGCCCGAAAGCAUCCUCCCAGCAGCCGGCUUUCUUCCCUAUCAUCUCAAACGGAGCCUGCCUCCCCCGCUGAUGCUGGCGACUCCUCCAGGGAUCAACGGAGCACGAGCUUGGAUCGCUCCAGCACAGACUUGGAUUCAACCGAUGGGGCCGAAGGAGCGCCCCCUUUGGAUGCCGGCCCUGAGGGGAAGGUGGACGACUUCUCCUUCAUCAAUCAAACCUCGGUCUUGGAUUCCAGCGCCCUGAAGGCCCGCGCCCAGCUCAGUAAGAGGAAUCGGCGCCGGGCUCCCAUCUCCCACUCCCUCAGGAGAAGCCGCGUCACUGAGGCUGAGAACCCAUUCUCCUUGGUGGAGGAGACGGACAGCUCUUGGAUGUUUAAGGACUCCACAGAAGAGAAAUCAAUCAAGAAGGAGUCGUCGGAUGAAGAGGAGAAGCCGUCCAGGUCAGAAAGGACCACGCUUAGCCAGCCCCAGAGGCUCCCCAUCUUCCCAGGCGUGGAUCCUUCUGUGCUCAAGGCUCAGCUUCGGAAGCGGAACGAGUCAGACAGCCCCGGAGAAGUCCAGGCUUCAGCCCAGCUGUCCAAGUCUCCCAAGUCCCCCUUCCAGCCUGGAGUCCUGGGCAGUCGUGUGUUACCCUCCAGUGUGGAGAAGGAGGAGAGGUCAGAGGAAACGUCUCCACAGUGGCUGAAAGAUUUGAAAUCCAAGAAGAGGCAAAGCCAGUAUGAGAAUCAAGCUUGAAAAGGUAAACAAGAAUGCUGAAGUCUCAUUAACAGAAGCCUUAAUUGUCCAAACCUGAAGACAAAAGUUCUGCUGCUGUUUGCUUCCUGCCUCUGCGGUUAGGUGCCUGAUGGGCCAAGAAAGCUGCUUAGUAUAUUCCCAGUCCCAGAAGGGAAGAAACUCUUGUUGGGUCCUACGGGGAAGGAGAGUACCUGGGACAGAACUCGAAGCCUGGGCUGGUCCUCCCCAGUCUCCCCAGGUUGCCCUUCAGGGCCGGGGAGCACGAUCUCUCUGUUCUCUUGUUUUGUUUUGUUUUCAGUGAAAUCCCUCAUGUCCACCACUUCAGAUAUCCUCAGCAGCCUCCGAGACAAACGCAUCCCUUGCACAUCUGCCAGGGAGGGUUGUGUGGAGGCUGGACUUGUCUCUGUGGUCUCUGGGACUAUCUGAAUUGGGAUCGUGCCCACGUCUCUCUUCACCGUGCCGUAAUCCUUGCUGAAAAAAAAAUCGAGUUUCUGUGGGGCAUGAAAGACCGAUGGGUUUCCUGCCAUGCCCGCAGCCCACAGGGUACGCUGCUGAUUCUGUAAUAUAGCGGUUCUUGAUCAAUACUCCCACCAGUUACUUACCCUCAGAGAUCUGCAGGCCUGAUUGUAAAAUGCGUCGAUGAGGUGGAGGUCCGGCCUGGUGGCAGGGAUGUGUCCGAGUUAGCAGUGCUGGACCAACCUCUUCAUUGGAGCGCCAUUUUCUGCUCUUUAGAGGGAGGGGGAGGGGCACAAAGCAAUAAUUCCAUUGAUUCUCUUUCCUAUCUGUAGAUGGGCUUUUUAUGUGAAAAGAAAAGGAAGGCAUGUGUGAUGUGUGGAGCUGGUCUCAUGGCUUCAAACACCUCAGGUUAUUUCCACCCAAUUAUUUUGGUCAUUGUCUCUGUAAAUACCCAUAUCUUUUUCUUCCUUCCCCUCUGCUCUGAUUUCGGUGGGUUAACCGAUCUCCCUGGAGUCUCUGGGCUUCUUAAGAGGAAAUGUGGCCCAUUGUGUUACUGACCGGAACCUUAGCCACACAGGCCCCAGGGUAGCGAGCGGGAUGGACCUUGGCUGCCUGGGAUUCUCCUCUUUCUGGAGCCAUUUCUGUAGUCAGCAUGCCUAGAGAUUCCGUAUUCAGUUGUAUUUUUUGAUUUCUUCUUUUUUUUGUUAUUGUUGUUCUGCCCUGUCUAUAAAAAAAAGUGCUCUUUUCAAAAAAAUAAACCCAAAUGUAGAUAGGAAUGGACUUCCUGAGAUUCUCAACCUCUCCCAGGACUAGAGCCGAGAGAUGGAUGGAGAGACUGGUCAAAGAGGUUGUAGUUUCCCUCUGUCCACUCCCUUUCUAAAGCAAAAGUGCCCAUGAACUGCCUUCCUCUGCAAUGUCUAGGGCUACUGAGUUCCCCCAAACACAUCUGCCUUUUGGGUAUGGAAGCUUUUCCGGAUAGCCCCCCUGACCCUGUCAUUCCCUCCUACCUGACGCCCAAUAUCCCAGCUGACCAGUGGGGACCUCCCAGACACACAGCCAUUUAGUGGGUCAUAAGCGGCCACAAACUUUGUGCCAACCCCGUUUAAAAGAAACCAUGAAGACGCAAAUGCCAGCAGCUCGCACAGCCGCAGAGCAUCACGGGCCAAAAUCUUCUGAGAUGUCCAUGGGCGGACGAUGCAUUCUUUGGUCCCACCCUGAGAAUGAGAGGGGACUCUUGACCUCUACGUGGAGAACUUGAAUAUGCACAUCUCUGCCUUGUCUGAUGGGAGGAAGACGAAAGGUGCCAGGAAGUCUAUGUUUCUCCCCUCCCCUCGAAUUCAUGGUCAUUGAACUCCCAACCAUGGCUUCCUGGUGAAACCUUCCCCCGCCUUCCUCUCCCUCCUUUCCUGUUGAAGAGCAUCAAACAUUGCCACUCUAGAUUUCCAGGCAAGGACGAGGUUGUGGGUUGAGAUCAUUCUAGGGAGCUCCUCCACUGGACCCCUUUAAGAGAAACCAUUGUCUUCCUCCAGACUCAGUUGCGUCUGGAACCUCCAUUCUACAUUUGCUUCAUGGAGUCCAGGGUUCUUUUCUCACCCCUUACAGCAGUUACCUCGGCGUUUGCCCAGCAACUAAGUAUUCUAGUGGCCAGUGAGUGUAUAUUUAAGGGACCUCAUGUUGGAAGUGACCUCCAUGGAGAGCCUAGAACACCUGUGUCCAGGCAGCUCCCAUGUUUCAGAAGGAAGUGGUUACAGAGAAAGACGGCUGUUUAGUGGGACGUGCUUUCCCCCUGCAUCACCCCCUCCAGCUAUGUGAUCAUUUUAAGUCCUAAUUUGUAUCUUUCCCCAUGCAGCAAUGUGGAAAUAGUCAACACUGGAGGGCUUUUCCAGCCAACAGUCUCAUUAAGUGGCUCGCACAUUCCCAGAGAUUUCCCUUCCUUCAUUAGCUGCUGUGUUUACAUUUCUAGACGGGGAUGAGAUCAAGGGGCACUGGUCUGUACUGAACUCCUGAUGGGAUGUGGCCCUCUGUGUUUGAUCAGUGUGAUGACAUCCACCGGACAGUAUUUUAAUUGGGAGUAAGAAAUGUCCCUCACUCCAAACCUCGAAGGCCUGCAGAGCGAGAUUCUGGGCUAGGAAGAAAAACUCCAAUUCCUUCUUGAAAUUCACCAACCAACUUCACAGCAAUAGAACCGUCCUUUGGGACUUUACCUCUAAAGUCCCUCAUGUUGAAAACUUUUGGUUUUUAACCAUUAUUUCCCCAACACCGCUAAAAUGGGCCCGUUGCUCAGGGCUAUGAGAUGUACCCUUCUGCUUUCUUUAAGUUUUGGUCUUUGCUGACGCAGCAGUGAGGAUACUUAGAAAUCCCUCACGAACACGCUGGUGACUGGUUCACUUUGGGUUUAGCUAAGACAUAACUAACUUUUAUUUACCUCUCUGUCAAAAUGGGAGGUUGUCUCCAUGACUUCCCAGGAAUAUCCACCGGUUUUAUCUCCAGGCUUGAGCCCUCUUUGGAAGUUUGGCCUUCAUGUAGACUGGAAAAGGUUUCAGUCAUUUUGAAGGCAAUUUAGCUAUUUUCCUCUUCACCAAUACCUCCCUAUUUGGUGAUUCUUCUAGGAGCCUGCAAGCCAUAUUGAGAACGUGAAAUCACUUUCACCUGCAAGCUUUCUCUUUCCCUCUUUCUUCCAUCUUUUGGCAACAGCCAACUGCUGGGACCUGUUGGUCCCAAUGAGCAAGAGAUCUUUGUCCUCCAUUGUCUGCCAUCUAAACUCCGGGACUCUGGCCUGGGAGACCCCAUUGGGAAUCUUUAGCCUUGCAAUAACAUGGAUGUGAAUGUCCAAUUGGAACUCUGGUUUCCCAAGGAAUUCUCCUGAAACAGAAAUCUCAUGUCGAGGGCAUGGAAUUUGGUUUAUUUUGAGCCCAAGAGCCCGGGUUGUUAAUGGCCCAGUAAGACAGCCAUCAAUUUGGGAUGAUUUCUAAGCCCCAGAGUCCAAUGAUAUCUCCUUGUUUGUUUGUACCAAUCCCGCUCAUCCUUCGUGCGGUCUCCAUGAAUAUCAUCUUUCUGCUGCGUCAUUAGAGGGAGAGAGAAAAGAGGCCAAACUUUUGGACUCUGAAGUCCCUAAACCUAAUCAGUUGAGCAAAUGAUUCCAAGAAGGCCUGGAAAGAAACUAUCUGGAAGAAACCUCAGCCCUACAAACUGUAGCUGCUGGCUGCCUUAUCGAUUGAUGUUUUUAAUCUUUUAGAGGCUCUCUAGGGUUCCAGGACUGGUGCACAAUUAUAAAUAUGCAGAUCCUUAAGCGUGCAAUAGAUAACCCCAGAAACUCCCCGGUUGGGGCCCAGGGAGAGGAGGGAAAACAUGGCUAAAUUCGGACCUAAAUGUUUUCACCAAGAACUCAGGUCAAGUCUCUUUGGCCUCUUGGAUUUUGGGAAAUGGAUACCUAGUGAAAGUAAAGACAUGAAUAGAAUGACCCUCUCCACCCUGAAUACUUCCAGUGGCCCAGCCCAAGAAAGGCAAGCCUUUUAAAGCUUAGUUCUUUUUUCCAAUGUGUGAUUUGGGGGAGCAUGAAUAAGAUAUACCAAAUCCAUCUCUUAACUAUUUGGGGAUCAUCCCUUUAAAAAUUGGCCAAGCUUAAAUGGGAGGGGAGGGUGGGGUAAAGAGAAGUCACCCCAAAGUAUCUCAAUGUGCCUUUUUCUUUAUAGUCCGCAGCCAACAAUCCCCGUGGUGUGUGGCUGGACUAGAAUGUCAGGAGAACGGUAUUGUAGAGCGACUAGAAAUGAGUGGUCCAGGAGGGAACCAAGUGUAGCUUUCUGGUGUUCUCAGCAUGAAGACAGGGAUGGACCCACACCUCCAACCUUCCCUGGGCAGUGGGCAACUAUCCUUAAUUGGCUGGGAGCCAAUGGCUGUGGUGGGAUGAUGAAUGAGGUGGGUGGUCCUGUGCCAAGAAGGUGAUGCCCAAGUCUGAAUGGGACCAGUGCCCUGGGCAGGCAAACCCCAGAACCUGCCAAGUGGUUGUGGGGCUGUGUCCAUUGCUAAGUGAGGAGUCACUCCAUCCAAGAAGAAGAGACUGUGAACAAGUCCAUGUUGGACUCAAGACGUUGAUUUCUGAGCGUGGCUCUGGUGUUGACCUGUGGAGCAGGAGAUGAAGGCGGUUGGGGAUAAAUUCCAGCGCUAUACUCAGGAAAUGUAGUAGAGGAGACUUCUAGGAUGUUAAUUCUUAAAAGUAGAAAAAGGCCAGGGCUCCAAAGAGAUGCUCUCCCAUCUCCCCUCUCUUUCUCAUUCCCCAGCACACUUGGGAGAUCAUUUCUGGAAUGCACACUCCAAAUUCCUGGAAAUGGGAAUUAGUCCAGUUUCCUAUAAGGGGAGAUAGGGGUGGGGAGGAAGGAGGAAGAGAGAAGUGGUCCCUGAUCUCAGCAGACUGCUUUCCCUGCCAGCUGUGUCCCAGCAUAUUAAAUAGAGUUACUAUACAGAGCAUCUGUUUUUUUUUUAAAUAAAUCUCAUUCCAGAUAGCCUUAUAGUCCCUGUAAAUAUGGAGCACCCCAAAUUAAUAUAUUGUGUUAUAGAAAAUAUUUUGUACCACAUUUCUUUCCUAAGCAAUGCCACCUUCCUUGGUGUCACGUCCUUGUAUGAAUGCAACUCCAAGAAUGCUUUGUCAGGUUUUUAAAAUAUAUAUACAUAUAUAUAUAUAUUAUAUUUUCUAAUAUUUCUGCCGGUAUCAUUCCUCAGAGAUUUAGGCAGUGGCGGCAGACAGAAAUUGAGUUCUGCUAGAAAAAACAAUUCUAUUGUCCCAGCACCCUUGCUUUUUACCUUUGCCUUAUGGGCAAGCAGGCUAGCUCUGUGAACUCUGAACAAAUCUAAGCCAGAUCAUGGGCACUUUAGACAUCCUAGAAAGGACCCCCAGUCAGGUUAUAGAGAACACAUCAGUACACAAAGGCCUAUAUUUUUAAUGUCAGAUGAAAAGAGUGUAUCUUUACUUUGGGAUGCUAGCAAUUUUUUUCAGGAGCUCCUUUGCCCUACAAAGUAUCAGAUGUAAAGAAGUCCUUUUAUAUUUUACCACUGAAGAAUUUCCUAUUCGUAGAAAAAAAAAACUUUUGAAAAUGUGAUCCAGGACUGCAACAGAGAUGACCUAGAGAAAUGAUGGCCUCAUCCUGUGGCUCUUUGCAUGUAUAAACAAAUGUUGCAUUUGAACUAUGAACAUAGAAAAUAAAGCUUUGAAGCCAGUUGUAUGCAACGAA